AUGACUGAUAAAUCACAAGAAAAGGGCAAAGCUAAACAUACGCCGCCCACAUCUUCCGCGAACGAUGUUACACCAUAUUAUUCCGUACUAAGUUUCGACUCUCCACUGCAAACGAGUGCACGCACAUCGCGCUACCAGUCCGCUCUAUCGGCAACGCCUCAGUCGUCGCCCGUACUACAUCCAAAUCAGCGCAAAGCAUCAACGAAAGCUCGAAAUCUUGCUCCUGUUGGCACAGUCACUGAAGGUGCGCUCCGAGAUACAAGUGACCAAACCACAUCCAGCAUUAGGCCAUUCAAUAUCGAACAGCCAAAAACAGAUGAAUACGCUACGCAGACUUCAAAUGAAGUCCAGCUUACAGCAGAGAUAGCUGCGCAAACCACAUCUAGAAUAAAUGAAUUCGCCGCAAACACUUCGACCAUCAUCAUAGAUACUCGAGAAGGUAGAGACACUGCAACUGAGCUUAAUCGUGAAAAUAACGUAGAGGUUGCCACGGACCAACGAGUUUUGACAGAGGCCGGCGUACAAGCCACACAAAGCACCGUCGAGUUAGGUGUGCAAACAGAGGCACCUAUGGGCGAAAGCAGCAUAGCUGAAACAUCAUUUGAUAGCGCAACCACUUCAGUUGAUGAGGUGCACCUUUAUGGUAAGGAGCUGGUACCGGAAAUGGUGCGUCGCGUGAAGAAGUAUACAAAGCAGCGCGUUAUUAACGAACCACAAUUAAAAGAUGAAUCUUCGUAUACCUUUUCAAAGCGACGUUCAAAACCUGCGCAAGCAAGCGGUAGCACUAUUGCAUCGGCCAGCUUGGAGAGCCUAUCGUAUGAAGAUAUUCACAGCGCAAAUAUAGAACAAGUAACCGAAAUGUCCUCACCGUUGACCCAUAACGAGGAUCGUAAUGAAUUGGAAGCUCAAGAGUCUGAUGUACCAGUAGAGAAGCUACCGGUACCGACUAAAGGCUGGCAGAGUUCAACAUCACUGUCCAGUGAACCGAAUUCGCCUGCAGAAUUUCCCACCUUUCUAGAACUGGGCAAUGGUUUUCUGUAUAUGAUCAUACCACCGGAUGGCGGUUACGGCUGGCUCAUUGUGCUCAUCUCCUUCCUUUGUCAGGUUAUCGUCGAUGGUAUCAUAUAUUCAAUUGGCAUAUUGCUGCCCUGCAUUGCCGAUGAUCUUGGCGAGACGCAAACCACUGUUGUGCUUGUCGCUGCGGUACAAGUUGGACCUGUAGCGAGCGCAUUCAUUAAUAAGUAUGGCUUUCGACCGGUGGCUUUCGGCGGCGCUAUAUGUUCAAUGGUGUUCAUAUUAAUUGGCACUUACAGUCACAAUAUGAUAAUGUUAAUCGUUUUCUAUGGUGCAUUGGGUGGCUCUUCGCUCAGCCUGAUAUGGAUCUCCUCGCAACUGAUCAUUGGCUAUUAUUUUGAACGUUACCGUCCCAUCGCCAAUGGCUUUUCAUGUUCGGGCGCCGGUGCCGGUAUUUUGAUCUUCUCCUCUAUGAAUGCGGAAUUAUGUCCGAAAAUAGGUUGGCGCAAUACCUCGCGGAUUCAUGCGGUAUUGCUACUCUGCGUUCUACUAAUGGCGAUCACGUUCAUUGAGGUAACUCCAACACGUAUCGCAGCAGUGAAAAAGGAGGUCGAUACCUCUUCAUCGAGUGAGGACAGUUCUGUGCCUUUCAGUGAAGUACGUUACUCGCAGUAUCAUGUGUCGCACUUUCUAAUACCAGCAUCCGAACAUAGGAGUUUGGAACAAAUGUUUGAGGUGUACCAGCCAAAAAGCGUAAGCACUAUCGAUAAAUUAUGUCCAUGUUGUCGCAGAGUUACCAAACAAAUUGAGCGCGUCGACGAAAAAGAUGUAGUGGGUGUGGAAUAUGACAAUGAAAAUCUGCAAGGACUUCAGAAUUAUGUACUACGCGUGGAUCCCAUAGAAAGAGAAGAUCUUUUCUAUACAGGCACAGCUGAAUAUGAUGAGAACGAUGUGCCAGCCACUAGUCGACGCACAACGGGUCAUCUAAUAUUAAUCGAUAAAGAGCGGGCCGCUACCGUACAUUAUUCACUAUCGAUAAUGCGCGCGCAGCGUCAGCAUAAGACCGUACGUCGCACUCUGACCGAGUUGCGACAUCGUCACAAAUAUCCUUAUUUGGCCUACAUAUCGCCGCGUAAUUGGAUGCCGUCGAAGUUAUUCAAUGCAUUUGCGAAACUUUUCGAUACGAGUUUGUUGAACAUAAUGGAAUUUCGUUUGCUACUAUUGUCGGCUUUCAUCUUUUCCAUGGGCUUCAAUAUACCAUUCGUUUACUCGAAGAUACGCGCUGCAAUUGAUCCUUUCAACUCCAGUCUAAUCUCAACAACUAUUGGGCUCUCAAUAUUUGUAUUCUGCAUAGCGUCUGGCUUUAUUGCAAAUAGAUAUCGUUCGCAAACGAUUUACGUCUGUGGCGGCGGCAUUGUCUUCGCUGGCUUGGCAGUGUUGGUGAGCGCAUUUUAUGGCGAAGAUGUUGUGUGGUUUCAAUAUACAUAUGCGAUCUGCUAUGGUGUGGCGCGAGCUUUCUUCUCAACUCUUCGCGCUAUUAUCUAUGUACGCACUUUAGGCUUGGACAAACUAACUAAUGCUUUUGGUCUCACUGGUCUCGCCAUGGGUUUUGGCGUCUUUCUGGGCACCACAAUUGCUGCAGUUCUCAACGGUUGGACAAAACAUUAUAAUGCCGCAUUUGCUUUCUCUGGAAUUUGCUUAAUUAUAGCUGGGGUAUUGAAAAUAAUCUUACCAACUCUAAUACAUUAUAGGAUUAAACGCUUAAUGGAUAUGUCAGAAGCGAAUGCAAAUGUUAAAGCAAAUAAGAAUAAUAAAUAG